AUGGGGGAGCCCCGCAGAGCUGAGGGGUGGCCGGGGGCCCUGGAGCCCUCGGGGGUCUCACGGCCCUCGGGGGUCUCACAGCCCUCAGGGGCCCUGGAGCCCUCGGGGGUCUCACAGCCCUCGAAGGCCCUGGAGCCCUCGGGGGUCUCACGGCCCUCAGGGGCCCUGGAGCCCUCGGGGGUCUCACAGCCCUCGAAGGCCCUGGAGCCCUCGGGGGUCUCACAGCCCUCAGGGGUCCUGGAGCCCUCAGGGGUCUCAAAGUCCUUGGAACCUUCGGGGCCCCUGGAGCCCCCGGGGCCCCCGGGGGUCCCGCAGCCCACGCCGCCCCCCGAGCUGCUGGAGGCGCUCCUGCAGCAGCGCUUCGGGCCCCCGCCCCAGCCGGCGCCCAUCGUCCGCCUGCGCCGCGGCCCCGCCGGGGGCUACGAGCCCACCGGGGACCCGGCCGAGGUGCUGGAGCGGCGGCAGGCGGCCAACGCCAAGGAGAGGCAGAGGAUCCGGAACCUCAACCGUGGCUUCUCCCAGCUGCGGACCCUGGUGCCGCUGGUGCCGCGGGACCGCCGGCCCAGCAAGGCGGACACGCUGCGGGCGGCGGCGGAGUACAUCCGGCUGCUGCGGGGCGUGCUGCGGGACAGCCAGGAGCUCGGUGCUGAGCAGGAGUUGGGGGGCACUGCCGGGGGGCACCCUGAGCCUGGCCUGGCAGAGUCCCCCCGCCCCCCUGGGGACCCCCCAGCCUAG